AUGUCAAAUUUUGAAGAUAAAACGGCAUUAAUAUGGUCAACGGUAUUAAUAAGAAAAAUAAAAAAAAGAGAGAAUAAUAGGAACAUAAAAAAUCCAAGUCAAAUAAACAAAUUGAAUGAACAAAAUGAAAUAAAAGAGUUAAAAAUAGAAGACAAUAAUGGAAAUAAUUCACAAAGAGAAGAUUUUAAUUAUGUAAAUUAUAUUUAUAAAAAUUGUUGCACUAUUCUAAAUUAUUUUCAUCAUAUUAAUAUCAAAAAAAGAAAAUUCGAAAAGUUAAGUAAAAAUAUAAACAUUUCUAUAUUUGGGCAAUCAUCAAAAUGUAAGAAAAUAAAAAUAGAAGGGGAAGACACAUCCCCUCAACUACCCAAUAUAAUGUUACUGGAUAUCAACCAUAUUAAUAUUUUACAGAGUAUUAUUAAAAAACCGUCUCAUAAUCUAAAAAAUAAAUACAAGAUAGAUUUAUUAAUUGUAAAAACAAUUAUUCUGACGUUGUUCGAACCAUUUUUAUUAAAAGUAUCUUUAAAAUAUUUUAAUCUUUUAACAGUUUCAAUUGUAAACCAGAUAUUUGAAGAAGCUUUAAUUUUAUCGUCAUAUGAUUAUUAUAAUGUGGAGGUGACAACUGAAACAGUAGAAGAAAAAGAAAAAAAAUCGAAAGAUAAAGUCAAGCAAUCACAUCCUUCUUUACAUAUAUAUAAUUUUAUUAAAAAAUAUAAUAUAGAUAUAGAAAUAUACUUUUGUAUGAUUUGCAUGAAUAGCAUAUUAUUUUGCAAGGACUUAUUUUAUAAAAAUACAAUUGAUUAUUUUUUUAAUAAUGUAUUAGUCAAAUCUGAACAUGCUUAUAAUUAUUUUAAAAAUAUCUUAUUAAAAUAUGAGAAUAAUAUAAAAACAUGCAAAUAUAAAUCGGAUAUAUAUUACACCUAUUUAUAUAAAAUAUUAUUAAUUUAUUAUUAUUUAAGUAUGAAUAAUAUACUUGAUAAAAUGCAUAUUAAUUUGCUACCCCAUGUUAUGAAAUAUAAUAAAAAUAAUGAUUUUUUUGAGGCCUUAAUUUAUUUAAUUUAUUUAAAUUAUUAUAGACUUGAAAAAAAUUGUCUACACAUGGAUAUGUUUAGGCCCAGUUUUAACCAUACCCUAACAUAUAAUCAUUUUUUUAUUCAAUCAGAAAAAGACAAUAACGAUGAAAAUAAUAUAUUUUGUGAUCAAAAUUUGUUGGAAUGUAAAAGUCAAAAAUAUGGGCAUAUCAUAUACGAUAUACUAACAAAACAUAAUGGUAUUUUAGCAGAUUUUGAAUAUAUAUACAUUGAAAAAUUUCGAAACAAUGUUUCAGAAAAUUCACUAGUGAAAUUUUAUGAGAAAAUUGAAUCAGUCAUAUAUCCAUCUUUUUGCUUAAAAAUACGAGAUCCAACAAAUAUGAUAAAGAAAAAUGGAAAUAAUUUUGUUAUAACAAAAAGAUUAAUAAAUGUAAUAGAAGAAUUAGUUAUAAAUAUUUAUAAUAAAAAACCAACAAUUUUAAUAGGAAGUGAAGGGUCAGGAAAAACAUCAUUAAUAAAGUAUAUAUAUGAUCAAAUAUUUAAAAGUAAAUAUGAAAAGGAUUAUACAAAAAAAGAAAAUUAUGAAAUACAAAAUGUGAUAAGCAUUUAUUUAGAUGAUAUAUCUGAUUCAAAAUCGAUUUUAGGUCUAUGGGAAAGUAAUGAAAAUUGUUUUGAAUUUAAAUAUGGUAUAUUGUCAAAAUCUAUGAAAAAUGGGGAUUGGGUUGUUUUUGAAAAUAUUAAUAAUAUUUCUAAUAGUAUAGUAGAAAAAUUACAAGAAUUGACUAGUAAAGGAUAUAUAUAUUUAUCAGAUAAGGGUGAAUAUAUAUAUCCUCAUAAAAAUUUUAGGUUAUUUUCAACUAUUACUGUAAAUAACUAUGAAUAUAAUCAGUUUGAAGGUGAAAAUGAUGAUACAACUAACUUAAAUUUAAAAAAUGAAGUUUUGUCUAAUUCAAAUGAUUAUAACAAAAUAUUUAAUGAUACAACCAUUAAUUCUAAUAUGGUCAAAAAAAUUGAUGAGAAAAAAAAACAACUCAUAGAUGAUGAAAAAAUUCGAGAGCGUAUACUUAUAAAUCGCAGACCAAACAAUUUAAAUAAUUUAUUCAACAAAUGGUAUAGCGUUUUUAUUGGAUGUUAUAAAAAAGAUGAAAUAAAAGAAAUUUUAUAUAAAAAAUUACAAAAUAAUAUUCAUGAAAAUUAUAAAUAUAUACUUUACAAUUGCUACAAUGUUUUUAUGAAGUUACUUAAUAAAUAUCGUAUUUUAAGAAAAAUAAAUUUACAUGAUUUAAUUAAAAUAAUAAAAAGAGUAAAUAAAAAAAAAGUAUUUAUGUACGAAAAUGAAAAAACAAAAAUGCUUUUAUUUCAAAUUUGUAAAUCUAUAUUAAUUUCACACAUACCAAAUGCAAAUAUAAGAUAUAUUUUUUUAUUAAAAUUAAUAAAAUUAUUUGGCUUGUCCAAAGAUAAUGUUUUAACACAUUUAAAAAAUUUUUCACUAGAAAAUUGUAUAAAUGAAUUUAAUAUAACAUUAAAAAAUAAAUACAAAAAAAUAUCUUUAGAUUUUAAUAAAAUUUACAAUCAUUCAUUUUUAUUAACAUCAGUACAUAAAUCUAUAAUUUAUGAAAUAAUUGAAGGUGUGCAUAAUAAAGAAAGUAUAUUAUUAUUAGGAGAUACCGGAGUAGGGAAGACUGCCCUCAUAGAUUACAUAUCCAAUGUUUUUGGUAAAAAACUUCAUGUCUUUGUUUUUAGUGAGCAAUCAGAAUCAUCAGAUUUAAUCGGUAACUAUUAUCCUUUCAAUAUUAAUGUAAAAACAAAUGAAAUAUUUAGCGAACUAAAAAAAUUAAUUUCAAAAAUCAAUUCAUAUUUAAGUGAAAAGGAAGUAAAUUUAUUUUGUUUAAAAUUAAGAAUUUUGUUGACGGAAAAAAAAUAUAUUACCUUUUUAAAUACGUGCUAUAAUUUUAUAUCUACAAUUAUAGAUAUAUUUCAAAAUGAUACUCAGAUUUUUGAUAUGAAAAUUGUUAAAGAUUGUAAAUAUUUCCAAAAUAACUGCAAGAAUAUUAAUGAUUUUUGGAAUGAUAGCAAUGAUCUGAAUAAGAAAAAAAAAAAAAACUAUUUCUUGAAUUAUAAUUUUUAUAAUUUUUUUAAAAAGGAUGGGAAAAUCGCUUACCCAGAAAAUGGGUAUAAUGGAAUUGCUAAUACUCAUCAAGAUUCCAAAGAGAGUGAAUAUAACCAGGUUCCCACAAUUGAUCAAGAAGAACUAGAAGAAGAGCCAACUAAAGGAGGAAAUGAAUUAAUUUUCAAAUUUCAUGAUGGUGUAUUAAUUGAUUGUAUUCAGAAUGGUUAUUGGAUUUUACUUGAUGAAAUAAAUCUUGCACAAACUGAAAUUUUACAACGAUUGCAAGGCAUAUUAAAUUCAUCAAAUAAAUAUUUUGAUGUUAUAGAAAAAGGAAAUGAAAGAAUAAAAAUUCACAAAGACUUUCGUUUAUUUGCAUGCAUGAAUCCCCCAAUUAUUCCUAAUUUGAAAAAAAGAGUGAAAAAAAAAAAUAAAAAAAUGAAUUCUUCAGAUAUAGAAAAUUCUAACGAAAAUAAUACAGUAAAUGAUGAACUAGAAAAUGGCGAUAAAAUUUCAAACGAUGAUGAGCUAGUUGAAGCAUUAGAUUCAAAGAAUGGAAUUGGUAUUGAUAUAUAUAAUAGAAAUAUAUCAUCUGGAAAAAAAGAUUUACCUGCUAUUAUUAGAAAUAAAUUUACUGAAAUAUUUGUGGAUGAAAUUGUAGAAUAUGACGAUGUUGAAAUGAUUGUAAAACAUAUUUUAAAAGACGUAACGUGUGACAAUAUAUUGAUAAAAAAUAUUACAAAUUGUUAUUUAGAGAUUAAAAAAAAAAGUUUAAAAAACAUGAAUAAUAAUGAAAAUAAACCAAUAUCAUUUUCUACACGAAAUUUAGUCAGAGCUAUCAAAUUUGCCAUACAUGUUCAUAAAAGAAAAUUUAAACCUGUUCCUCUUUAUUUGGCUGUUAGGAAUGGAUUUAUUUGUAACUUUUUAAGUUCAGUAAAUUAUAAUAAUCAUAAAAUUUUGGAAAAAAUUUUUAAUAAAUAUUUAAAACUGUCACAAAAUAAGCAUUCAAAAAAUUCUGACGAUAAAAUUUCUAGUAGUAGCAAUGGUACUAUGCAUAUCGAAAAAAAUGGAAUUAUUGAUUAUGCCGUUUUAGAAAAUUAUUAUCAGUAUACUUUUUUUAACACAAAAAAUAACAAAGAAGAGAUAGAAAAUAAUGGUAAUUUGCCUAAUCUUAAAGAAAUUAUAAAUGGCGGUAUUGAAAUUAAUUACAAUAACAAGACUGAUAAAAAGGGAAUAAAUGGAAUAAGUAAUAAUAUGAAUGAAAAUAUUGAACUAGAAAAAUAUGUGUGCGUUGAAGAUAGUUGGAUACUUUGUGGAAAUGAAGAUAUAAAUUUAAAAAACAUUUUAUCUAAUUUUAUAAUAACAAAAAAUGUUAGGGAAAAUAUUAAAAAAUUAGCCUUAUGUUUAAGCAGUAUAAAGACACCAAUAUUAUUAGAAGGUAAUACAUCUGUUGGUAAAACAUCUUUAGUUAAAUUUUUUGCAGAUAUAACAGGGCAUAAAUUUAUUAGAAUCAAUAAUCAUAUGAAUACAGAUAUAAAUGAAUAUUAUGGGCAAUUUGUAAAUGAUAAAAAUAGUGAUAGUUUAAUUUUUGAAGAAGGUGCUUUUGUAAAAGCUGUAAGAAAUGGAUAUUGGGUUGUUUUAGACGAAUUAAAUUUGGCUCCUUCAGAAGUUUUAGAAUCAUUAAAUAGAAUAUUAGAUGAUAAUAAAGAAUUAUAUAUACCUGAAUUAAAAUGCUAUGUUAAAGCACAUAAAGAUUUUAUGUUAUUUGCUACUCAAAACCCAGCCAAUAAUCAGAAUUAUUUUGGAAGAAAAGAAUUAUCAAAAGCUUUUAGAAGUCGAUUUAUUGAAUUUUGUAUUAAUGAUUUUGAAACAGAAGAACUUGAAAUCAUUUUGCAUAGAAAAUGUGCCAUAUCUCCAAGUAUUUCUAAAAAAAUGAUUCAAGUUUUUACGGAAUUAAAAGAUGUUAAAUCAAAUUAUAAUUAUUUUAAUGGAAGUUUAAUGACGUUAAGAGAUUUAAUUAAAUGGGGUAACAGAAAUCCAAAUAACAACUCAGAUGCAUGCUUGCAUGGGUAUUAUAUUAUUGCUGAAAAAUUGAGAAAUGAUAAAGACAAAGAAACUGUUAAAAAUAUAUUAUGUACAAAUUUUAUGAAAAAAAAUGAAUCAUUUGUUUUGAAUUAUGAAGAAGAUUCGGAUGUAAUAACUUUAAAAAAUGCAUUUGCUAAAAAAAUUUCCCAAGUUCGAAAUUUACAAAAGAGACAAAUUCAAAAUGGCGAAGAAGGUAAGAUUAAUGACAAUUUAGAAGACCAAAAAUUAGAUAGGCUUUCAGACAAUUUGAAACGAUAUCAAUAUCUAAAAAAUAUUCACUUUGGAAAAACAACAAGCCGAUUAUUGGCCCUAUUAUGUAAAUGUUUUAAGUACAAAGAAUCAGCACUUUUAAUUGGGGAGACCGGAUGUGGGAAAACAACAAGCUGUGAAUUGCUUAGUUUUGUAGAUAGGUUAAAAUUAAAUAUAUUAAAUUGUAAUGAAAGUACAGAUGUUUAUGAUAUUAUUGGUAGUUUAAAGUUAGUAGAAAAUAAAAAAGAAGAUUUUGAAAAACUAAAAAAAAUAUGUAUAGAAUUAUAUAAUGAAAUAUAUACAAAUUAUAAAGACAGUUUUGCUUCGAAUUAUUUAAGUGGCAUUAUACAUGAACAAAUAACAGAUAUAAAAAAAGAAGAUUUUCUAAUAUUUAAUCUUUAUUUGCAUAAAAAAUAUAACUUAAAUGAACAAAUUAAAAAUAAACUAAAUAAAAUGGAAAAAUUUAUAAAUAAUUUUAAAUCGGUUUUUACUUGGCACGAUGGCAUAUUAGUAUCUUCUUUAAAAAAAGGAGAUAUAUUUUUAAUGGAUGAAAUUUCAUUAAUUGAAUCAUCUGUUAUUGAAAGAUUAAAUUCAGUUUUUGAAUAUGAAAGAACAUUAAUAUUAACUGAAAAAGGAGGAUCAAAUGUAAAAACUUUAAAAGCACAUGACACUUUCUUUUUCAUUGGUACUAUGAACCCAUGCGGAGAUUUUGGGAAAAAAGAACUUUCUCAAACUUUAAAAAAUCGAUUUACUGAAAUUUUUGUUCAGACUUAUACUUAUGACUCAGAUGAUUUCUAUUAUUUGAUACUUAAGCAGAUUAAAUUUACAAAAAAAAAAAAUAUUAAACACAAUUUUGCAAAAUGUUUAUGUAAUUUAUUUCACGAAAUAUCUCAAAACCGUUCGCUUUCUUCUUACGUUACUCUAUCUAUAAGGGACGCAAUUAAAUGGAUCACAUUUAUGAACCUAUAUAUUGGUAGAAGGAAAAGACAGGAAAAAAAUAAAAAUAUUUUAUCUCUAAAUAAAUUGAAACAACUUUGCAUCGAAUCAUUUUAUCACAGUGGCUGCCUAAUAUUAAUUGAUGGAAAUGAAGACAUGAAAUGUAAAAAUGAAAUAAAAUAUUUGUUAACACAACAUUUGGACAAACUUAGUUUAUCAAUCAAAAGUAAAGCAAAUGAAAAAACGGUAACAUUAAUAAACCAAUUUGAUAAAACAGAUCAUUUUAUUUUCACACCAAACUAUUUAAAAAUUAACAAUUUUGAAAUUAAAUUUAAAAAAAAAUUACUAAAUAACUUAGAAAAUAUUUCUAACGACAAUAAUUUUGUUUUUGACACUCCAAAUAUUAAAAUAAAUUUAUUUAAAAUUAUAAGAGCAAUGCAACUAAAUAAUUCUAUACUUCUCGAAGGGUCUCCAGGUGUUGGUAAAACAUGCAUAAUUAAUAUAUUAGCUAAAUUAACAAAAAACAAAUUAAUUAGAAUAAACUUAUCUGAAUGCACUGAUAUUUAUGAUUUUAUUGGAUCAUAUUUUCCAAUCAAGGAUAAGAAAAAUAUGUCAAAAUAUGAAGAAAUAGAUAGUCAUUUAACCAGUGCAAAGGCAAGAAAAUCUAGAAAACAACCAUGUAAAAUUUUUGAAGAAAGCGAAAAAAAAAAAAGUUUUCAAUAUUAUUGGAAAGAUGGUAAACUAAUAGAAUGUAUGAAAAAAGGAUAUUGGAUAUUAAUUGACGAAAUAAAUUUAGCAAAUCAACAAACAUUGGAAGGACUGAAUUCUAUUUUAGAUCAUCGUAAUGAAAUAUAUAUUCCCGAAACUAAUCAAAUUGUUAAAGGACAUAAAAAUUUUCGACUUUUCUGUUGUCAAAAUCCAUAUAAAGAAGGAGCGGGAAGAAAAGGAUUACCAAAAUCCUUUUUAAACAGAUUUUCAAAAAUAUAUUUUGAAGAAUUAAAUGAAGAAGACUAUGUAUGCAUUGUUGAAAAUUUAUACAAAAAUUAUAUUUCAGUAGACAUGAUAAAAAAAAUUAUAAAAAUUAUUUUAAUAAUAAAAAAAAUAAAUAUUUUACUACAUGAAAGUGAAGGAUGGAUAUGGAAUUUAAGAGAUAUACUACGAAUUUGUAAAUUUUUAAAAAAUGAAAAUAUAAAAAAUAAAUAUAAUAAUGGCUUUAAUAAUUUCAUAGAAAUAUCUGACAUGUUAAUAUCUAGCAGAUUGAACUGUAUAGAAGAUAAGCUAAUUGUAAGAAGUAUCAUAAUAAAUGUCUAUUAUGAUUCUGUUCAAUUUUUAACUAGUGUAAAAGAGGUUGGAAGUAAAGGUGAACUAAUUAGCUUGAUAAAUAACAAGGGAAAAAAUAAUUUAUAUUAUAUUUAUGAAAAUUGUUUUAAUUAUAACACAAGAAAUAAAAAUAUUAACCUCAGUGCAAAUAUAAAUGCUAGUGAUUUGGUUAUUCGCCCAUCUCUUAUUUUAUUAAAAGAUGAGCAAAUAUAUUAUUCAUGCUUGCUGGCAACACAAUUAAAUGUGCCUAUUUUAUUAAAUGGAAAAAAUAAUUCUGGGAAAUCAUCAUUUAUUCAUAAGUUGGCAUAUAUGUUUCAAAAAAAAUUAUUUGAGUUUGCUUUAACAAAUGACAUUGAUACUUUUGAUUUGUUUGGAUGCUACGAGCAUAAUAGUCGAGAAAAUGCUAUAAUCAGUUUAGAAAAAAAAAUAUAUAAAUUGAAUAGACUUAUUUUGAGGCAUAUUUUUAAAAGGAGUAAUUUAAGAAAAUUUUAUAUGAACUAUUUUAGUGGCAAUAAAAAUGAUAAACGUGUAAAUUUUUCUCAAAAAAUAAAAUCCAGAAGAGUUAAAAUAUACAUUAUGAAAGCUUUAAAUAUUUUAUCUGUUAAUUAUAUUAAAGCAUUGAAAAGUCAUAGAUCAGUUUUGCGAAAAGUUCAAACACGAUAUGUUAAUUUUAUAAAAUGCUUUACAACUUGUGCCAUCUAUGAUUCUGCAUAUACAGAAAAAAAAAUAAAUCGUAUUCUUCAAAAUAUUUUAUAUUCUACAAAUAUAAUAAAUAAAAAUGAUGUUAAUGAAAAUGUUUAUGUAUAUAAUGAAGGAAAUUUUAUUAAAGCUAUUAAAAAGGGGCAUUGGGUUCUGUUAAAACAUUUACAUCAUUCUACGCCUUCAUUGUUAGAUAGAUUAAAUAGUUUGUUUGAAGAAAAUGGUUAUAUAUUAUUACAUGAAUUUGGAAAAAAAAAAAAAAUUAAACCACAUAAAAAUUUUCAAAUAUUUUUAACACUUAGUUCAGAAGAACAUUAUAAAAUUAGUAAAGCCUUAAGAAAUAGAUGCUUAGAAAUAUAUUUUGGUAAUCAUAAUGAGUAUCAAAUUAAUCCUUUAAAUAUUUCUGAUCCUAAAUUAUAUGGUACUAUGAGCGAGGAAAUUGAAAAAACAAUUAAGGUUCGAAAUUUCAACAAAAAUAAUGAUGAUUCAAUUUUAACAAAUUUUGAUACUGAUUUGAACAAUACCUCGUUUAAUAAUUAUUUGGUUAGCGUUGCCACCAAUUGUUAUAAUGUCGUGAGUAAUAAAAGUAGUAAUAGUAACGAGUUGGACUCAUACAAAAAUGAAAGCGGAAUUAAUAAAAAAGUGAUUAAAGAUAGCUAUCUAAGUAUAAUUAAAGAAACAAAUAUAUUUAUUUAUAUAAUAAAACUUUUUUUUAAAUAUUUAGAAAUGGAAAGUGAAAAGAAAUAUAAUUUAAAAACAGAAUGUGAUGAAGACAAAAAAAAUAAAAUAAUAAAAGAUUUAAUCUUCUUUUUUUUUAAAGAUAGUCAAAUAAAAGUAAAUUGUAAAAUAAUUAUAGAUUAUAUAAAUUAUUGUUAUAAUGCUUUUUUUAAUACGCAUGGAAUCAAAUAUAACAAAGAUGUAAUUUAUUUCUGUCUAAUAAUAUCACUAAGUACAUAUGUUAUAGAAUAUAUAUGUAGUAAGGAGAUGAAAGAAUAUUUAUUAAAUUUUUCAAAAGAUGAGAAUAUAAGUGAAAACUAUAAAUUUUAUAAAAAUUACAAAACCAAUUUAAAUAUUUUAUUAAACUAUAAGUUUGAUAAUAAUAUUUAUUAUAUAGAUAAAUAUAUUGAUUAUAUUUGUAGCAAAAUUUUGAUAAAAGGGGAAAAUAAUAAUAAUAUAGGAAAAUUAAAUGAAUGGAAAUAUAUUUUUAUAGAUUCGUUUUCUAAUUUUUAUUGCCAAAUUUUUUCAAAACUUACCGAAAAGUUGCAAAUAUAUUUUUAUCCAUUUUUUUCUCUUAUUAACCAUAGUGUUAUUAAAUCAGUUUACAAAUUAAAGACCAUCAUUUACUCAAGGCUAGGUAGUUGUGUCGCUACUAGUAAUAAUACGCUAAAUUAUUAUGUUGUUUCUAAAAUAAAUAAUUCGAAAUUUGUUUAUAGAUCUGAAGAAAGUUAUUUGAUCUAUUUUUAUAUCCACAUAUUUAUCAACUAUAUUUCUAAUUAUAACAAAGGAAAUAAAACAUCAAAUUUGUUUUUUAAAAACACAUCAGAAUAUAUAUACAAAAAUAAUGUUUUAAAAGAAGCAAUAUUAAUUGAUUCGCUUUUCUCCAUAAAAUUGAACAAAAUAUUUUGUCAUCUAGUAUAUUGUUUUAUUUAUAAUUUUUCAUUAUGUGAUUUAUUUUACAGAUAUGAGCAUUUAUUAAAUAUAAAAAAUAAAAUCAUUGUUAAAAAAAGUUUAAAUAAUAAAUUGUUCUAUGACACUGAAAUGAUAAACUAUCUCGAAUUUGUUACGAAAAAUAUUAUAUACAAAAAAAGUAAUUAUUUUUAUAUAAUGGCAAAUUAUAUAUAUUCUAUUAUAAAUAAUGGACAAAAUGCACAAGAUUGUAGGGGCAUAAGAAAAACAAUUAAUGACAAUGAUACAGAGCAAGACGUUUCAAAUCAAACUAUUCAUAAAAGCAAAAAAGAAAAUAUUUUUGAUGGCGUAUUUAUUACUAAUGAUAUUAGCACAAACUUAAGUCAGUUUUUCAAGCCGCUAAUUUUAGCUAAAAGAUAUUUAAUAAACAGAAAAAAUCAAAGCCUUUCAAAAGUUGUAUAUUUUUGUGAUGAAUUUUUAAAAUACAAUUUUAGUUACAAUUAUUUUAUUCAAAAUAGAAAGAUACAAGAAAAUAAUGAAGAAAUACCAUCUUUGUUUUAUUAUUUUAAUAAAAUUAUAAUUACCUUGGAAAAGGCUAUUUUUAAAAUAAUAAAAAGCAUGAAUAACUCAAAUAAAAAGGGAAAAUUAAGCCAUACAAAACACAAUACUUAUAAAGAAAAAAUAUUUAGCUAUUACUUAUUUAUGUAUAUUUAUAUAUUUGAAGCUGUGAAAAAUUUAGAAGAAAAAGACAGUAUUUAUAAUACAAUAAUAAUUAUAACAAGUGUUGUAAAGAUUAUAUUUUCUGCAAAAAAAAAGUUUUACAAAAUUAAUAUAAAAUUAUUAGAAAUUUUAAAAAAAGCUAAGUUAUUAUCUCAAACAAAUUUGAUAGGUAAUGAUAAUAUGAGCCAUUCAUUUAUAUUUCAAAAUAAUGAAACGACAUACAAUAAUUAUAAUAUUACUAAAAGUGAGAUAAAUGUAAAUAAUAUAAGAAAAAACGAUUUCCUAAUACUAGAUGUUGAUAAUAAUAACAUAAAGAAUACCUAUUUUUCAAACAAAUGGAUAAGCAAUAUUUUUGAAAUUGUAAAUAAUAUAUAUGUAAGUUAUUAUAUAUAUAUAAGAAAUAAAAUAAAUUAUUUGUAUUUUUUUCAAAACCUUCAAUUAGAAAAUAUAGAAAUAUAUGAUAAUGCAAAAAAUGUAAAUAAGUUCCAUUUUCACCCCAAAAAAAUAAUAAAUAAUAAUAUAAAUUAUCUUGCCCAUGAUAUUGAAAAUUUUCUUAUACAAACAAAGUCUUUUUCAAAUGCUUUAAAAAUUCUAAACAAUGAAAAUAAUAAUUCAAAAAUUAAAAGGAUCGAGAAUUUGAUAAUCAAUAAUUUUAUUCAAGGUAGUUCUAAAAUCGAUGAAAAUAUAUUUAGCAUACUUAACACAUAUAAUUUAAAUUCGAGGUCUUUUACAAAUUCUUUAAAUAAAAUAACUAUAACAUAUGAUAAUUUAUCCAACAAAUUACAUACAAACCAAAAAGGAUUCAAUCUUAAUUGGAAUAGUAAUAGCCAUUUGUUGUUCUACUUUCAAUUUAUUAUGUUCAAUAUAAAUAUGAAAUAUUUAUACAAUUCUUUUAUAUAUUUGAUGAAUUUUUACAUGACUAUGAAGUUUUAUAGUCAUUGUAAUUAUCAAAAAGAGCUUCAAAUACAAAGGAAUGAAACUUGUAGAAUCAUAAAAAACGAAGAAUACCCUAUGACUAAAAAUAAAAACGUAAACGAUGUCUGUUUUUUUGAUAUAUGCAAAAUGGACGUAAAUAAAAUAAAUAAAUGCAUUAAAGAAACUAUAAAAGAGGUAUAUAUAUAUUUGGAAAACAUAGAUAAUACCAUGUAUAUAUGUGAAGAAAAAAUCGAAAUAUUAAGUUUUCUCAAAGAAAAGUAUAAUAUACUGGUAUAUGCAGAAAAAAAGCGAAAACGAGCAAAAAAAAUCGAAAAAAAUCAGGGAAAAAAUUACUUGGUUUGCCAAUCUAGUGAUGAAGAAACAGAAAUAAAUAUCAUAUAUACUAUAAUUGAAGAAAUUGUAUUUUUAAUUUACAGUUAUUUAAUGAAUAUAUAUAUGGUAAGGGAUAUAAAUUAUAAUUAUGUUAAAAAAUAUGUGUCUAUAGAAAAUAGUUUUGAAAAAAAAAAUGAUCAUAGUUUAUCUGGACUUAAUAAUAAUUUUGAAGUUACUAAGAGGGACAACAAUAAAGGCAAUUUUAUCCGGUUUUCAAAAAGAGAAAAAAUAUUUUUGUCAAAUUUAGAAAAUGAAAAUAGUGGUAGUAAAAAUAAUUACAAUAAAGAUAAUAAUAAUUGUGUCUCAAUCUUUGAUAAUACAAAUGUUCAUUCAUUUAUUAGCCAAAUGAAUGAGCAAAUUAUCACAUAUGAAGAAUAUACAAUAUUUAAAAAUAUUUAUUUUGACUACAAUUUCGAAGAAACUUCAAAGGGCAACAAUAUAUACUCGAGCUUAAGCACGUCCAUUUUUAACAGAUCAGUUAUUUUUGACUCAGUUAUAAAUAUGUAUAAAGAAAUAAAAAAUAAUAAAAAUAUAACAUUACUCCAUUUAAAUAUGAGUAAUUUUAUUUUUAAUAAUUUAAAACAAAAUUACUAUCACUAUAUAUUAAAAAAAGAUACCCCAUUUUAUGGAAAUUCUUUUUUUGAUGCCUCAAGAAAAAAUAACAACAUUAAUCACAUUAUUAUGAAAUUAACAAAUUUAAAUUUAGAAAGCCAAAGUACAUUAAGAUAUUAUUUUAUUUUACACACAUUCAGCAUAUUUAACAAUAUAUUUGAAAAUAAUAAUAUAGAGAAUCAGGCACAAAAUGUUACAAAUCCUAUGAAGAUAUAUUAUUUAUUAUUUUUCCAGAUAUACCAGCUUAUUAUUUUUAAGAGGGGAAAUAUGACAUCCCCACAUAUGAUAAUCCAAUUAUUAGAAUUGUACAAAUACAUUUUUGAUUUAAAAAAUAAAGUCAAAUUUAUUAAAAAAAUUGAAAAAUAUUUAACAAUUUUUCUAUUUAUUUUAUUUAAGAUUGUAAUAAUAAAUAUGGAAAAAUAUUUAAAGAAACACUAUUUAUCCAAUGAAAUAAAAACGGGUGAGUUAGAACCUAGUAAUAACAAUGAAUUUCCAUUUGCUUGUGGAUAUGAGUUUAUGCCUAAUAAUAAAAUAUUUCAAAUUGCACAUAGCCACAUAAUAAUACCAAAUGAAACACCGUUAGACAAAAUUAUAUCAAGUUAUAACUCAUGCAAAAAUUCUGAAAUGAACAAAAGCAAAAUAGACAUAGACGAAUGUGAACUUUUUGAAUAUUUACACACAAAUAAAAACAAUAAUCAUCAGGCUUUAGAUAUUAACUAUAUAUAUAAUUGUGUAUAUAAAUAUGUUAGCGAAAAUAAUAAUAAAAUAAAUCCAAAAAAAUUAAACAAUGUUAUAAAUUUAUUAUUUUCUAAUCAUGAAGAUUUAAUAAAUUUGGUAAAAAAAUACGAAGAUGAGGAAUUUUUAUAUGCAUUAGGGUCAUUAUAUAUUUCUCAUUACUUUUUAAAUAUAAUUUGUUCUCAAAUAAGGAAAGAAAUUAAAGAAAUCUUUAAAAAAGUUGGAUUAACAAAUUAUAUUAAAAAAUUAACUUUAUCAACAAAGGAACAAAUAUAUAUGAAUACUCAACAAAAUAUUUAUAUUGAAAAAAUUAAUCCAUUUGAUGAAUUAACAUAUAAUGACUUUUUUAAUAUCAAAAAAAAAAUAUUUUUAAAAAAAGAGAUAAAUAAUAUUAAUAAGAAUAUACCAUUAUUGCCAAAACUACUUACCAAUGUAAAUAAAAAAAAAAAAAAAAAAAUUUAUACCAUGAUAAAUACCAGUAUGAAUAAAAAAUGCAAUUACCUUAUAGCACAAUAUAUAUAUAAAAAUAAUUCAGAAAAUGUUCAAAAUUUAUAUAUAAAAUUAAAAAAUGAUUUUAAUAAUUUUUUAAAAAAUAUAUUAUCAUACGAUAAUAUUCAAUCGUUGUUAAAAAAUGUGAAUAAUACUGACAACAUCAUUAGUUAUUCUAUAAUUAACUCUUCAAUGAAUUUUUUAUAUCAUAUAAAAAAAAAAUAUAAUUUGAUAUUGAAAUUUACACACUCAACAACAUACGCGUUGUGUGCAUUCAUACAUUCAGUGCAUAAUAUAAACUUAUUUAUAUUGCAAAAAAGAGAAAAUUAUAGACAAAAUAAAAUUAAUACAACUGGUGAAGAUAUAUACGGUAAUUAUGCAAGUAACUCAUCUCCAUUUACUUUUUAUGAAAAUGAUAAAUUUAAUGAAAAAAACCCAAAACUUAUUUUUAGCCUGAAUACACAACAUAAUGAAAAGCCAGCGGAAACAAAACAAUUGAAAGAUAACCUAUAUGAAUAUACAAAAUUUCCAAUAAACUUCAACGAAAUUAUAAACUUAAAAAGAGAGCAAUAUGGAAAAAUAAGUGAAUUGGAAUACUUUGAAUUCAUAGUAAAAAUGUUACAAAAAUCUAAAAAUAUAUACAAAGAUUUUGAUUUUAAAAUAUUAGUAGAUUGCUUAAAAAAAUUAUGUAGAAAAAUUAUAUAUUUACAAAUGGAUGAAAAUAAUAUUAAUAAUAUUAAUGACUUAUUUAAAAUCGAUCAAUUUAAAAAUUUUUCUACAAAAGAAAAGGCUAAAUAUAUUUUACAAGAGGAUUAUAUUGAUAAAAAAAUUGAAAUGGAACUUGACAAUUUUUUUUAUUCUCCUGAUUAUUUUUCAAAUGAACAAAAUAAUAGCAAUAUUGUCUUAAAAAAUUAUCAGAUGGAUGAAAAGAAAAAAGAUAUAAUCGAAAAUGAAUCAAACGAAUAUAAUUUUGAUAGGAAUGGUGAUAGCUCAAGUGAAAACAACUCAAAUGAUUCCAUACAUAACAGUAAAGAAGAGAACCUUGAUGGAAAUUUCUCAAAAAAUAGCCACGAAAAUUUGAUUUCCCCAAAUUUAGAUGGCGAAAAAAAAGAAAUAAUAGAUGAAAAUGUGUUUAAUUCUAUUAUUUAUAAAAUUGCAAAAUUAUUUAAGAAAAAAAAAUCAAAUUUAAAUCAUGAUAAUAAAAAAAAAAAAAAUGAGAUAAGUAUGACACAAAAAAAUAUAAGCAACAUUUUAGAUAUGUUGAUUAAAUUAGGCACCUCCAUUGAUUUUGGUGAUCAAAAUAACUGUAUGUUUUUGUUGAGCAAAAAAUCUGAAGAGAAAGAAAUGCUAAUUUUCAUUUUGAAUAUGAUGAACAAAUUGAGUAAAAUGACAACAUAUAAAGAAGAUAAGUUUGAAGCGUUUAAAAAUAAAAUUCUAGAUAUUUUGUUAAGUGAAAAAAAAGGAAAUCACAUAUAUGUAAAUAGAUAUAUUAAUUUAUUAGACGAAAAUAUAGUAGAAUAUAUAUAUACAGUUUUAAAUGAUUUAUGCUUAUUUUUAAAAAAUAUUCGAAAAGAGUUCAUAUUAAUAUAUAACGAAAAUAAUAAUUUAAAUAUUUUAAAUAUCAUAAAUUCAAUAGAUAGUAUAUUAUCUAUUCCUAUAAAUAAUAUAAAAAAGGAAAUAGAAAAAAUAAUUGUAAAACUGGAGUCUAUUAUAAAUACAUUUGGCUUAUUAAAAAGUGAUAAUUUUAUAAAUUUUGAUGAAGUAAAUAUUCAUCGCUUAAAUCUGAUAAAACAACAAAAAUUCAUAGAACAAUUAUUAAUGUAUACUAUAUAUUUCAGAUUAUAUAAAAUAAAUGAAAUUAAAAACAUCAGAAAAAAUUUAAAUAGAAAGAUUGUGAAGAAAAAAACGUUAAACCUUUUUCCAUUUUUAUUUUAUCUAUGCUAUGACGAUAAUUCACAAAUUUCUAAAGAAGACGAUCAAACGGAUGAAUCGAAUAUUAAGGGUCAUGAAAAUAUCCAAGACAAUAUGAAACUAAAAAUAAUAAAAACAUUUGAAACGCUAGUCAUAUUUUUGAGAGAAUCAACAAUUGGAGAAUUUACAGCACGUUUAAAUUUAAUAUGUCUAAUUGCACAUUUGUUUGGAACUUCUAAAAAUAUAAAGGAAAAAAUUAUGAGUGCUGUAUUUUUAAAUGUAUAUAAUUAUAUGUCCAUAUAUUCCCCUUUAAUACAAAAGAAAAUAAAAAUGUGUAAAAAUUAUUUUGAUUUAAAUUUAAAAAAGUCUUUGCAAAAAAUGAACUUGGAUUUAAUUAGUGUAGAUGCAUAUAAAUAUUCAAUUCUUAAAUUAAAAAAAGUUAUUGUAUAUUAUACUAAACUAUAUUUCCAACAAAUUAAUAUAACUAUGGAUAAAUUUAUUCAAGAAAAUCGAAAUUCAAUUUUUGUUUCAAUAGACAAUAACGAAAAAGCUGAUUCAAUUAUUGAAGAUAAUAAUGAUAACGAUGAAAAUGAAAAUAGUUCAAAUGAAUCUGAACUUGAAAUCGUUUCAGAUUUAGAAAAUCAAAAUCCAGUAAGUGUAGAAAAUAACGAAGAGGAAAUAACACCCCUUACAGAUCAACACAUAGAAGGAUUGUAUAUAUCAAAUGAAUUAAAUGGAAUGAAAAAAUCUUUUUUAAAUUUGGCAAAGAAAAUAAAAAAUAAAUUAAAUAUGAAAAAAUUUUUAAAUUAUGUAGAUAAUUAUUAUAGCUUUGAAGAAUUAUCAAAAAGUUUUGUUGAUGAGAUAAAAAACGUAUUAAAUGUACAAAGUCCAAAUGCAAAUAUGAAUCAAAAAAAAAGAUGGAUAUAUAUACUUAAACAUUUUAUAAAAAAUAAAUUAAACAUACCUAUUUUAUACGAUUUAAAUAAUUUUAAUUUUUUUUCAGAUAUAUUUAAAGAACAAAUUUAUUUUGAUAAUAUUAAAAAUGGGGAUGAAACGCAUAUCUCCUUUUUGUUAGAAUAUUCAUCUUCUGAUGAAAUUUUAAGAGAGUUUAAGAAUUGCCUAAUGCAUAUAAUAGAAAAUGAUAAUGAAACUGGACAAAACGAGCUAGACAAAUUAGUAAACAGCAUGUCAGAUGAAAUAAAUAAUUACAUAAAAAGAAAAAAGGUUAACAGCUUAUCCUUUUUAGAUAAAAUAAAGAAUAUUUUAAAAAGUAACGAAGAAAGAAAUUAUAAAAUAUUAUACCUAACAAUAUAUAUAAAAUCAAUUAAUAUUCAUGAAGAUAUACGAAAUGAUGAAGUAUUAACAACAUAUCUUUUAAAUUCUAUAAAUUAUGAAUAUUAUAAUUUAAGACGAGAAAUAAAUAUAUUUUAUCAUCAUUUUGUUUUUUACUAUUUAAUUAUUAGUGACUUGUUGUUUGAAAAAAAAUAUGAGAUAAAAUAUUUUGGAAUAGACAUAAACACUUUUGAAGAAUUUAUUUUAAAAUGUAACGAACUUAAAAGUAGUUUAUUACAAAUUUUAAGUAUUUUUUCUGAGCAGCUAAGAAAUAAUGAAUUAUUCAAAAAUAUUAUUUUUUCAGUAUAUAAAAUUAUAUAUAUUAUAUAUAAUUCGAACGAAUUUGCAAUAUUUAAAUUUAUUAAAAAUAUGGAUACCAUUGCUUGCUUAGAACAGUUUAAGAAAAAUUGUAUUUCCAAUUUUAAAAUUAAAGUUAAUGAAAAUCUGUGGAAGUUUGUAGAAAAAAAUAUUAAAAAUUUGGAAGAUGAUAUUACUAAAAUAUUUUAUUUGGAUAUAGGGAUAUAUUUUAAAAAUAAAAUAUAUCAGCACAUUUAUUCUUUUAUCUCUUUUUUUAAACAAGUAGAAAAUCCAUUUACACAACAUAAUGAUAUAAUAAAUAUGAAAAAUGAUAACCUCGAAAAAAAUAAUCCACUAUUAGAUUCUUCGUAUUUUGACAAUAUAAACAACCAAAUUGUUGUCUUUAUAAACAAUAUAAUUAAUAAUAAAUCAAUAUUGUACAAAAACGAAGAAUAUCCCAAUUUUCACGAAUCAAAAAAUGUUAAUACGGUAUACUCCUUCUCAGAUAUUAUCGAAUUUUAUUUAAACAUAUCAAAUUUAAGUUUAUUAAAAAGUGAAAAAGAUUAUGAAAAAAAAAUAAACACAUUUUAUUAUAUGAGCAAAAAUCUAUUUUAUUUUAUAAAAUCUCUAUUUUUAUACUUUUUAGAUAUAUAUAUUGGUUUUUCAAACAUAACAUUAUAUUUUCUAAAAGUAUUAAAAGUUUUAUAUAUUAAAGGAUUAUGCAAACAAACUAAGGAUAAUAAUGAAGCGGCUGAAAAUAUUGAAGAAUCUAAAAAUAAUGACAUCUUUCACAAAAUCGAUUUUAUUGAAGGAGUUGGAUUAGGAGAAGGAAAAGGUGUUAAAAAUAUUUCGAGCGAUGUUGAUAACGAAGAUCUUGAUAAUAUCUACAAUGAGGAUGAACAUAAUUUUAGUCAAGAUGAGCACGAUUUUAAUGAAGAAGCUAUUGAAUCGACUUAUAAUUUUAAAAAUUUUUGUGAAAAGGAAAUAUUAGAAGAUCAGGAUAAAUAUACUGAUACUAAAGGUGAUAAAAAGCAGCUGCAAAAUGAGCAGGAUAAUAUUAAUAUGGAUAAAGAUAUGGAAAAAGACGAAUCAAAUUAUAUUGAUAACAUUAAGGAUACAAAGCACGAUGAAAAUAAAAAUCAAAAUAGUGACAAAAGCCAUUCUGACCAGCCUAACCAAGAUGAUCGAGAACAAAACAUUGAUGAUGUUUUUGAAAAAAAUAAUGGAACUAAUAUUAGCCAAACUAAACCCAAUGAAAAUAUGGAGAAAAAUAAAAAUUCUGAUAAUCCAAUUGAGCAGGUAAAACAGGAUACUGAUUUCGAUGCUCUCAAUAUAGACGACCAAAGUGAAGGUCAAAAUGAAGGCCAAAAUCCAGAAUCGCAAAAAGAACAACCUGUUGAAAAAAUAGAAGAUAAAUCGAAAGAUAAACUGGAUGAAAAAAUAGAUGACCAAAAUAACGAUUUUGAAUUUAACGGAAGCGAUUUUGGUGAAAUUUCUGAAAAUGAUAACAACGAAUUAAUGCAAACAUCGAAAGGAAAUAACAAUUUUAACAUGAACUAUUCAGAUGAAAAAAAUGAUAAUCAAAAUGAUAACUAUAGUGAAAUUCAUAGCGAUACUAAUGAAAAUAGGCAUGAAAACUUCGAUGAUAAAAAUGGCUUUGAUGACAAUAACUUUGAAAGUGAUCACUUUGACUUUGAAAUUGAGUCAAGUGAUUUUUCAAAAAGCUUAAGUGUGAAAUCGUUCAUAUCUGAUGAAGAUAAAAACUUAGAUGAAUAUGAUAAUAUUGAUAACACACAGAAAAAUAAUGAUACUACUCAAAAAGAUGAUCAAAAUUUAAAUAAAAUGAAAGAAAGAGAAGAUGUUGAUAAACUUAUCAAAAAUGAUUUAUUCGAACAGUCUGGCAUUAGUAAAAUGGAUGAAGAGUAUGAAGAAAGUGACUUUAACAUUUCUGAACAAAGUGAAAAUGAUGAUUUAGAAGAAAAUGAAAAUAAUCAAAAUGUGAAAAACGAAUUCAUGCGAAAUCACGAAAAAGAAGGAGAAGAAGAAAGAGGUAGUGAACUGAACGAAAUUGAUGAAGAUGCUAUAAAUGAAGAUGAACAAUGUGGAAAUCAAAAUGAUAAGUAUGAUGAAAAUAAUCAUAAUGCUAGUGAACAAGGUUUAAAGGAAGAAGAACAAAAAGGAGAUGAACUAGUUGAAGGAAAAACCGAUGAAAUUGGAGAGGGAGAUGAUGAACUGGGUAAAGGAGAAGAAUAUCAAAUUGGAAAGCAUGAAAAUGACAAAGUUGAUAACAAAGAUAUAAAAUCAGAAGGAGAAAAUGAAGUUAAAAUGGAAGAACUUUCCAAAAAAAAUGAUGAAGAUAUUGAAAAACGAAUAGAUAUAGACACGAAAAAUUAUAUUAAUUAUAAUGAACAAACAAUAGAAAAUGACAAAAUAAGAAAUUCAGAUGAAACUAUAUUGUCAAACAAACAAGCAAAUAGUUUGAAUGCAAAUAAAAUUGAUGAUACAAAUGAUGAUAAAGGUAAAGAAAGUGAAAUAGAUGGAUUAAGAGGUGAAACAAAUGAAAUGAAUGAAAAUGAUGAAUUGGGUGAACACAAAAAUGCACUUGAAAAAAACAAUGAAAAUGGAUUUAACGGAAAUGAAAAUAAUACAGAAAAAGAUGAUAAAUCUAAUUCAAACACAUUUUCUUUUUCUAUUAAUAAAUAUAAUAUAUAUACUGAGAAUUUUAUGGAUAUAUCUAAUUUUAUCGAAAAAAUAAAUGAAAAAUUACAUAACUUGAAUGAGACCGAUUUUAAUAGAAAAGAAGAUGAAAGAGAAAAUGCAGAAUCUUAUCAAAAGAAGGGAAUUAAUAAUUUUGAUACUUCCCAAAAAAAUAUAAUUAAUUCUGAAAAUAUUAAACCAAACGCUGACAAUAAAAAUGAAAGUGAAUCGGUAAAUCAAAUUAAUGAAAACGAUGCAACGAGUAUUAUUAGUGAUGAACAAAAUGAUGAGCUUGAUAGAAAAAAUAUUUGUGAAAUGAAUGAAUCAAAUGGAGAAAUUAUAGAAAUAUAUGCAAAUAAAAAUAAGCAAAAUAAAACAGAAAAAAAGAAUCAAAAGAAAAAAAUAAAUGAUCAGAAUAAUGAAACUGGAAGUAAUUAUGAUGAAGAUGAUAAUGCCAGUAGUAUUGAAUCAGAAAAAAUGGAGAGAGAUAAUGAUCGAAGAAAUUAUGAAAGAAAAGAUGAUCUCGAUUUUGAACAAAAGUCAUUUAGUGAAGACUAUAGCUAUGAUGAUGAAUUAAAACAAGAUGAAGAAGAUAUGGAAUUAAAUGAUAAGAAUAAAGGCAACUACAAAAUGUAUGAAAAUAAAAAGGGGCUCGAAAGAGAAUAUCGAUUAAAAAAUGAAAAUGAGAAUUUUGAGGAUAAAAUAAAAUAUGGGGAUAUAUUAAUGCCAAAUGAUAAUAUGAACAAUACUAUAAAUGAUGAAAAAUAUGAAAAAAUAUAUGAACAACUUAACAAUGAAACUGAAAUGAUUUCUAGCCAAUUAUGUGAGCAAUUAAAAAUAAUUUUAGAACCAACUGUUAGGAAUAAAUAUGAAGGUGAUUAUAAAUCCGGAAAAAAAUUAAAUAUAAAAAAACUAGUAAAUUAUUUUGCAAGUAAUUUUCGAAAUAAUAAAAUAUGGAAAAGAAAAACGAAAUUAAAUAAAAGGGAUUAUAAUAUAUUAAUUGCAAUAGAUAAUACUAAAAGUAUGAAAAUAAAUAACAUACAAAAAAUGACAUUAAAUGCUAUAUUUUUAGUUGCUAAAGCAUUUGAAAAAUUAAAUGUUGGGAAGAUAGGAAUAUGCUCAUUUGGAGAAAGUGAACAAAUUACCUCAAAUAAUAUCGUAUGUCCAAUGGUUAAUAGUUUAAACAAACAAAAUUUCUUAAAAAUUUUAAAUCAUUUCAAUUUUAAUCAUGAUACACAAAAUUCAUUUGACUGUGCUAUGUUGAAUGCAUUAAAAAUUUGUAAUUACGUAUUUAAAAAUAGUUAUACCCAAAACAAUUCAAAGAAUACACUUAAUCAUUUAAUGCUUAUUAUAAGUGAUGGAAGAUUUAACAAAUCAUCAGUAAGAGCAGAAAUAUUUAAUUCAAUUAAAAAUAACUUUAUACCAAUUCUAAUGAUUAUAGACACACAAUUAUCUGAUAACAAAGCUCAAUCCAUAUUUAACUUAAAACAAACUUUUUAUAAAAAUAAUAAAUUAGAAAUUGUUCCAUAUUUACAUGAUUUUCCAUUUCCAUAUUUUGUCGUUGUCAAUGAUAUAAAUGAUAUACCGUCUAUGACCUGUGAUAUCAUAAGACAAUGGUUUGAGGUGCUUAACGAUAAAUGA